ACUAGUGUUAAAAAUCCUCCCUUUUUUCAACUCUUUCUUUGCUCUUCGCUCUUCGCUCUCGGAGAACCUAGAGGUGUUCCUCUCGGAAAUCCAUUCGAAGAGUUCGUCCCGGGAUUGAGGAAAUGUCGUACCCACUGGAGCAGCAGCAGCAGCAGCCGCCAUCGCCACCCUCGCCGGUGUACGACGCGGCAUCGACGGCGAACGGUGGGGGAUCGUACGGGCCGCUGAUCGGCGUGCUCGCGGUGAUAGCGGUGCUCGGCGUGAUCGCCGGGAUCGUAGGGCGGCUCUGUUCCGGGCGGAGGAUAUUCGGGUACGGCUACGACUUCGAGGGGUGGAUCGAGCGCAAGUGCGCCGCCUGCAUCGACGGUCGGGUGGAGCUCCGCCUGCCACAAGCGGCUGCGGCGGCGACGGGCGGAGCGGGGCCGGGCGAGAAUGGAAGCGGUGGGCCUGCUGCGGGGGGGGCGGCGGCGGGAGGAGGAGGAGCGGGGCCGGGGGUGAAACAAGCGGCGCAGAACCCGGCGAGGGCGGCCGAGUCCUGAGCGGGUUCUCGAGCUGUGUGUGAAAUGGGGUCCUCCUCCUUUGUUCCUCCCUCUCUUUUUUUUAAUAUUUAUUUGCCCUUUCCUUUUCCUUUUUGUUUAUGCUUAUGUUGGGUCUUUGGGGAGUCUUCGUUAGUUCUUGGUUUUCUAUAUGGGGGUUGUGCUUACAUGGCAGCCAUGGCGUCACAUUUCAAAGAGCUGUGGUCUUCCAUGGUGAUGUUCGAACUUGAGAAGGGUUGAAAAAGAAAUCGAGUCCUCUUGCUCUCUCGCUCGCU